UAGACGCGUACCCAUAACGUCGUGUGACUUAGUAAAUUAUUAACUGACUGCUUUAACGUUGAAGAUAUUUGUAUUAUCACAGGUAUUAAAAGCCUUAAUGUGAUUAUAUGUUCAAUUACAAACGGAUACCGAGUGUUAAAACUGGACGUUUUUGAGGUAAUUUCUUUACAAAUUCAACAUCAAAUAUUUACUACAAACAUCAAUUAAACAAUGUGUCAGCUUAGAGAAUAAAAUAAAUGUCUGGUAAUCGAAGAAGACUAUAGUCCUCAUCCGAUCACGAACAGCAACGCGUUAAGCACAUCUUUGUUAUUUCUUCAUAAUAUUCCAAGUGUGCGUUGACAAAAGGAACUGUUACAGAUAUCAGAAAAUCAAUAUAGGAUUUACAAGUAGUAAAUAAUGUUAUUACACCUAACCAUAGCUUAUAAACAAGUUCAUUCAUGGAUGUUUUAAAUUGGAUAAUAGUUUUUAAGAGGAAGUUAACAAAAUUACAAUUGAACUACAAUACCAGAAAUAGCUCCGGGUACAUUGGUUGACUAAAGAUUGUCUUGGACUCAGUGAAGUUUAAUCCAGAGUAUUUAUUAACCUUCUAGAUCUGGCAAAAAUAAGGUAUACACAUGGAGUCUUAACUGUUCAAUAAUUCCCAGUCCUAAACUCUAAAAAGAUGGCGCUAAAUUCAACCGGAAUAAAUUUCACGCUCUGUAUGUCAGAGGAUGAAGAGCCGCAUCACGAAGCGCACCAGGAGUUUUACGAAGUUUCCCGGAUGAUAACGGGACUGAUAUUAUAUCCAUGUAUAUGUUUUCCCGGACUUUUAGGAAACAUUUUAACUAUAAUAGUCUUAUCACAGACGAAUAUGAGGACGUCUACCAACGCUUUUCUCAGUGCUUUAGCCGUAGCGGAUGGUAUCAAACUUAUUAACGACAUAUUAUAUUUCUUAGUUAUAGUUUUUUACAAAACGGACACAACAAUCGGUAAUAGGGCCUACGGCUAUCUAUAUCCUUACGCUCAUUUUAUUUUCAACAUGUCCGUUUGUGUGUCUUCAUGGUUAACAGUUUCCGUAGCUGUUGAACGAUAUAUUCUCGUUUGUCAUCCUACACGUGCACGCAAUGUAUGCAGUCGUAAACGUGCCGUUUAUACAUGCAUUGCGGUAUAUGUUGUAAUGACUGCCUUAGCCUUACCGUCUGCAUUACGUUAUCGGACUAUUUGGUGCUUGGAUCCGGAAACGAAUGUGUCUAUGAUUCAUGUGAUGCUAACAGAUAUGUGGAAAAAUCAAACAUUUGUGAUCACGUACACGUGGGCACAGAAUUUAAUACGUUCUAUCAUUCCGUUGAUCGUUUUGGUAGCUUUAAACAUGUGCAUUAUUGGAGCACUGCGAAAAACGCGUGCGAAUAAGAGGAACAAUUCCCGGCAUCGUGUAACCGUAAUGAUGAUUAUGGUAAUCGUGGUAUUUAUGGUCUGCAUUACACCGGAUGCCAUUAUGUCCACGGUGUUCGGAUUUGGCUAUCACGAGGCGGGAAAUUUGGUAAAAGGAGUUCGUGAAUUUACGGACACGUUGUUAGCUCUCAAUGCCGCAUCGAACUUCGUCAUCUAUUGCUUAUUCAACAAAGUGUUUAAAAACAGUUUUACAAAUUUGUGCUGUCAGGUUAAAAGUCCCAACAAGUUUCAAACCGAAAUGGACGAAUCACAGUAUAGAAGAUUAUCGGAAGCGAAAUCCGCUCUAACUAGUGCUGAACCCAAGACAACAGUUAUCAAAACAGUGAAUUAAUUACUAUAAAAUAAAUAAUGCUUGACCAAAUAAGAAAUUGAAAACGUCGAACGUUUCUUUUAUGAAAGCCAUAGGAGAAUAUGUCCAGGAAAGGUGCCCUUAUACUUUGGUAAACUGACGAUAAUUUGUGAUAUUAAUAAAAUGUAAUUGUUGUUUUAAUCAUGGAGUGUGCAUUGUAAUUGAUAAUCCUAUUGUGAAUGCCGACUAAACGGAUUUUGUUUGUAUCUUAAAUAAACUAGAAUUGCAAAUCGUGAAAUACUGUUUAUAUCAAUCGUGUUUAAUCUAAAAAGAAAACUGAUAGCUAUGUGGUGUGCUCGGGAUAAUAAUGAAUCUUUAUGUUGAAACGUUCAUUUAGUGCCGUUAAAUUUACCCGCGUCAUCCACUUCGUCCGUUACUUAAACUUGGUAUGGAUAGUGAUAGUUUUGCAGUAACAUAUAUCAGAAACAAGAUAUCAUCUAGCAACAAUAGAAUAUCCGUUCUUACCAAGAUUAGCUAACACUGAGGUGAUAAGACCAAUUAUGCAUUAAAUGACGAAUAUUUAAAGUCUCUGGUUGUCAUUGAAGGAUUUUGAACCCUUUGCAAAAUAAAAUAUUUGGUAAUAAUGAUAUAGGCCUUAGACAAAGCCUCGAUAACAUUCAAAGUUGCAUUAUUAAGAGCUGAAUCUGCCUAUUGCCAGUCUUUGUUAGCUUCAAAUGUUAUAUAAAUUAUUAUUUAGAUAUUUAUUCACAUGAAAAUCCCAUAAUCAACUCUCUCGGGCAUCAGCUGGCUUAGACCAGCGCUGCCAUUUAAUAAAUUUCCGAGACCUUGUUUAUUAUCGUAGAAAUGGUACUUGGCAAUCAAGACUAACUUGUCAAAACUUCACACACUCAUAACUUCACUCAGAAUAAAAUAAUAUUUGACUGUAAUUUUCAAUAUAUUCAUUUCUCGUUAUCUAUUUCUAAACUGUCAUUGCAAGAACUGUCAUCUAAAUCGUACAUAAUACAUCUUCGAGGUCGGUUACGACGUUUUAGAUGAGCCCUUAACGAUGUGGCGAUGAUCUUGAGAAGACUAAGCCAGUCUGCAUUAUUCAGUCGUAAUGUUGAUCAGGGAUGUCUAGUCUGACGUUUUCAUAGAAAUUCACAUUAGAAAUAUAUAAGUUAAGUAAAUUCCCUAGAUAAUAGACGUUUGUAUAUAUGAUUUAUAAAAAUGAUAUUUCAUGUUGUGUGUGUUUUAACAGAUCGCUGCCUCGCUAACAAUUUACAAAACUUUUACUAUGUAAUCGGAUCUUAUUUUUGGUUAAUCUUGUUGUCUACGGUCUCUCGUUGAAUAUAAUUUGUACAUAUAGUCUGAGUGCUCGAAAUGAAUUCUAGUUGUGUCCGGGGUUGCUUUUCAAGUUAUGGGAAAACAAUAAAUUGGUUAUUGGUAAUUCGAAAUAUAUUGUACUUGGAUGUGCGUAAAAAAUAAGUGUUGAUGUGUUUAUUUGUUUUGAUAGGUAGCUAAAUGGCCACAUUAUAAUGCCCAUAGAGCCAAUGUUGAGAAACAUAUGCUACUAGAUUUCGACUUCAACUGUCGACAGUUUCAAUCUCAUUAAAAUCAAACGAAUUUUCAAUUCGUUGUUCGAUUAGUCGAGUUUUAUAUUCUGUAUCUUUUCGAUCACGUCAAAACAUCAUCUACUUUUUUAUAUUUAGAAACUCACUCCAGUUCGCGUAUAAGACAUGUGCCUGAACGGUAUCUGUACUGAAUAUAUAUUAAAUCCAUUGUAGCGUAGAAACAAUCUAAAUAUUCAUUUGUAAUAAAUUAUCGACAUAUUAAAUGAAAAUUAAAAAAAACCAAACAAAACCUAAUUCAGCAUAUUCUUUCUAAAUAAAUAUUUAACUGUAUACAGAUUAUCCUAUCACUAUCAGGCAUCAGAACAAACCAAUGUAACACUUUAUUUUACCCAAACGGUACAGAACCUUUUAAUUUCGGAAAUGCUCCUUGAUUUCGGUAUUUGAGGGAAAGAAAAAUCAAAUACGAUCUUAUAACAGGCUAUUCUGUUAACAACGAACGGUUUCUUAUUUAAUUGUGGUUAGGCGCAUCUGCCAAAAUGUCUUAUGUUGUCGCACAAAUGUAUAAAUUAUUUUGUCGGAUUUCACUACACCACGCAGCUAAUAGUGUUUUCACAAAACUGUCCCAUAUUAUUUACCUGUCCCACACGGGGGGAUAGCUCUUUCCAUCUGUAAAUUGCCUCGGCGUUUAAUUAUUUUAAAUAAUGUAAAUUAUUUUAUUCUUUGUAUAUAAUAAGCUUGUAAGUAAGAAUUAUAAAAUCUUGAUUUAUCUUACAA